AUGGCUUCUUCAGAUAGCUUGAAAUAUGUCUACAAGCUUGUCCCGUCAAGUGCACCGAUUCCCGAGCCUUUACCGGACCGACUGCCGGUCAGCGACUUAGACUUACAGUCCGGCUUCAUCCAUCUCUCUUCCGCCCGUCAGGUGCCCAACACCUUGAAAUUCUUCUUCAAGGACGAGCCUGUUGUGUAUGUACUCCGGCUUGAGUAUGCCAAGGUUGAAGAGAAUAUACGAUGGGAAAGUCCUGAUGCGAAGAUUUGCGGGCCACGGGAAGGAGAGGGAAUGUUUCCUCAUCUCUACAAUGGUCUUAAACUAGGAAAGGAGGAGAUUGAAAGUGUGGCUAUUUGGAAGAAUGAGGAUGGUUGGGAUAACGCAUUAGGAAAAGCUGCCUCAUGGCUCGUUUAG